CACAAUGCCAAGCUACAAGCUCAUUUAUUUUAAUAUGAGGGGGAGAGCAGAAAUUAUUCGUUACAUAUUUGCAUAUUUGGACAUAAAGUAUGAAGACCACAGAAUAGAACAAGCUGAUUGGCCUGAAAUCAAACCAACUCUUCCAUUUGGCAAAAUCCCCAUUUUGGAAGUUGAUGGACUUAAUCUUCACCAGAGCCUAGCAAUAGCGAGAUACUUGACCAAAAACACAGAUUUGGCUGGAAAAACAGAACUGGAACAAUGUCAAGUUGAUGCUAUUGUGGACACAUUGGAUGAUUUCAUGUCACGGUUUCCUUGGGCUGAGAAAAAACAAGAUAUAAAAGAGCAGAUGUUUAAUGAGCUACUUACAUAUGAUGCACCUCAUCUUCUACAAGAUUUGGAUACAUACUUAGGGAAAAAAGAGUGGUUCAUUGGUAACUCUGUAACUUGGGCAGAUUUCUACUGGGAAAUUUGCAGCACUACCCUUUUGGUCUUUAAACCUGACUUGUUGGACAUCCAUCCCAGGCUGGUUGCAUUACGGAAGAAAGUCCAAGCCAUCCCUGCCAUCGCUGACUGGAUACAACGAAGGCCCCACACCAGACUCUAGAGGUCCCUGCUGCCUCCAACUUUGCUGUUCGCUCCCAUCAGAUAAGAAGCUGUCUCCCCUCCCCCACUCCAUCACGACUCCCUUUUGCCAUAUUCUGUUUGAAACGAAAAAAAAGAGCAUUUAGUUGCCAGUAUCUUCCCCCCACCCCCUAUCC